ACUAGGUAACUGCAAAUGAAGCAGAUUUUUGAACCCUAAACAGUGCAACUGGAGUAUUUGUGUGAAUGUACCACUGGGAAAAUCUAACAUGUUGUUGUUAAUCAAUGUCCUUCUCACCUUGUGGUUUUACACUGCUCAUGGACAGGGGAAACACUGUAAUUAUCCAGUAAUAAAACAUGGACGGCUUUAUCAUUCAUACAGAGGACGCUUUCCAGCACGUGUAAAUCAACAGUUUCUCUAUAACUGUGAUCAGUAUUUUGUGUCUCCUUCACAAUAUUCCUCAGAUUACCUGACUUGCACAGCAGAAGGAUGGUCUCCAGAAGAACCAUGCCUCAGAGAAUGUAUUUUCCAUAAUUUGGAAAUGGAUAUAACCCAAGUAGUGAAAAAAAAGUUCUACAGGGUGAAACUGGAAGCGCAGCCAGAAACUGUCGGCACAGAGACUGUCUUUGCUGCAUUGAUAGAAGCAUACGAGCUUCAGAAUUCUCUCCUAGGAGGAAUUGAGUACAUGGGACAG